UUCAUCAUACUAAUGUUGUUUAUCAAACAAAUACUGUUUAUCAAACAAUUGAUAAUACAGAUUAUAAAAGAAUUCAUGAAUUGGAAAAUCAGUUAUCUGAAAUGACAAAAAAUAGAAACGAAUGGAAAGCAAAUUCUGAAGAAUGGAAAAAACAUGCUAAUGAAAUAGAAGAACAAUUAAAAGAAUGUGAAAAACAUAAAAAAGAAGUAGAAAAUAAAAUUAACGAAAUUAUAACAACUCAUCUCAACAUAAAUAUAACUGAAGCUGAAAAAUUAACCACUAUUGGAAAAUUAGAUACAAUCCUAAACACCAUAAAACAAGAAGUAAAAGAAUGUUUAAGAUUGCUUGGAAUCUUUUUUCAAACCGGGGAUAGUUUGAUGUCUAUACUUAAAAAAUUGGUAAAAGCUUGUGAAGAAAUUGGAAUAACCGGUCCUGUUCAAGAGAUAUUAUUAAGAUAUCUAAAAAUGUUGGAUCCUAAAACUAAAAUAAAUGAUCCUAAAUCGUUUAAUGGAAAAUUAGGAUAUAGAAGUAUGGAUGCUUUGGUGAAAGCUUGUUAUGAAAACAGUAGAGAUAUUUUAAACAAAGAACGAUUUGAAAAUAGACCUGAGAUUAGUUUUGUAAGAAAAUUAAUGAGAUGCCAUUACUACAUAGUUGGGAAAAGCAACCUAUUGAGUGUGAAAACGAUAGCUAAUAAUUUAUUUAAAGUAACUGAUCUAGAAAGUGAAAAAAUGUUUAAUAGAAAAAUAUGGAAAAAUAUUAUUAAAAAAGAAUAUGACUCGUUUCCUACUUUUAAUCCUAAACAUAACUAUAUUAAUGUAUUAUUAAAAGAUGCAG